UUAAUCGCUAACUGAUCUCGGGGUCUGAGCAUAGUGCCAAUUACAUUAUAAAUAAUAUAUUAAUAAUAAUAUUGUUGGAGGACAAAUAAUAUAUCAUCAUGUUGAUGAUAUUGACACUCGUAGGCGUAUUAACUUCGGCACGCGCCGACUGCGAUGCCUGCUUCCAAGGAGUCUGCCACGUGAAGAAGAUUGUACUGGAAGGAUUCCGUGUCACCGAUCAGCUUGCCAUUGACCGCACCGACAACAUCCUCUAUGCACAACUCGACUACCGCACCACAGCCAUCUUCCUCGACGAAGCCAGGAUUAGGACCGUCGACGAUCAAAAAUCAACAGGGUUAGCAGUGGAUCAAAAGAACCAAAUCUUGUACUCAAGUUUAGACGGUGUCAUAUACAGACAUAGACACCAAGACAAUGGUUAUAUUACAGAAACAGCCUUUCUACUUGAUCGAGCAACAACACCUGCUAGACUGCGCUAUGAAGACGUCCUGUACACGAUCAACGAGGAUGGCAGCUCAGGUUACUACAGCGAACACUCAAACUCCUUCGCUGGUUACGACAACUUGGAAAAUUUCGCUGUUACCGAUAUGGUGAAUGUAAAAAAUAUAACCAAUUGGUUCUUUGUAGCUGGUGAUAAACUGUACAGAUACAUCUUGGACGACUAUAACCACAUGUCUUGGCAUCUUAUCUCUGGCAAUAAGCACAUUUUAUCUAUUGGUAAAUACGGUGACGUAUAUUUUGGAGAUGCUGAUGAGAAAAUUAUAUAUAAAUUAGAUAGAGACACAAAGGAAUUAGUAAAAUAUGGUAAUUAUGUGGAUGGGUAUUUGGAGGAUUUUGUGUUUGAUAGAGACGAGAACAUCGUGUUCCUUGAUGCUGAUGGAAGCGUGGCGCGAUGGAUACCGAGCGGAGGGGUAUGCGAUGAAGCCGAUGAAUCAUUUCAACAAUCGAUCGAAAAUGACGAAGAUGUCGUUUUAUAUUAUUCCGAUUUCAAAAAAUACUUACAACGAUACAACUACAGGACGUCAGCUCGUGAUCUUACGAUUGACGUAAUAGAUUCCACAAAUGACUAUUCAAUCCAUAUAAGUAACCAAAACAACGACCAACGACCAACCAGUGAAGAAGUAGUAGGCCCUAUAUCACUCGAUGAUGAAUCAUCAUUUAACAAAUUUUAAUUUAACAAUAAAAGUACACGAAUAAAUAGUCUGCUUGAUUCAU